UGGACCGGGGGACGCGCGCAUCAGAGUGACGUCACCUCCACUCAGACUUCCGUGUCGACAUGGCGGCAUCCAUGGCAUGGCGAGCUGCAGCUAGAGGAUUGAGGGCAGCCUCCUCCCAGCACCUACUUCUUCACAAACUGAAGCUUCAGUGCACCUGGCUCGGUUCUAAAAGAUGGCUGAAUCUUCAAGAGUAUCAGAGCAAAAAGCUGAUGCAAGAGUGUGGUGUGGCUGUCCAAAGGUUCUAUGUAGCUGACACGGCCUCUGAGGCCUUAGAGGCUGCAAAGAGACUCAAUGCCAAAGAGAUUGUGCUGAAAGCUCAGAUUCUGGCUGGUGGGAGAGGCAAGGGUGUGUUCGACAGUGGCCUCAAAGGCGGAGUGCACCUUACUAAGGACCCUGCUGUUGUUGGUGAACUGGCCAAUAAGAUGUUGGGUUACCAUCUAACUACCAAGCAGACACCUAAAGAUGGAGUGAAAGUGAAAACGGUGAUGGUCGCUGAGGCCUUGGACAUUAGCAGGGAGACCUACUUUGCUAUUCUAAUGGAUCGUGCCUGUAAUGGUCCUGUCAUGGUUGGAAGUCCCCAGGGAGGUAUGGAUAUUGAGGAAGUAGCAGCCAGCACUCCAGAACUCAUCUUUAAGGAAGUCGUAGAUAUAUUCGAAGGUGUACAAGACGACCAGGCACUUCGAAUGGCAACUAAUUUGGGCUUCAAAGGAUCUCUACAGAGACAGGCAGCAGAUCAGAUUAAGAGGCUGUAUGAUCUCUUCCUGAAAGUCGACGCCACUCAAGUCGAAGUCAACCCUCUUGGAGAAACUCCUGAAGGGCAAGUGGUUUGCUUUGAUGCCAAGAUCAACUUUGAUGACAAUGCCGAGUUCCGGCAAAAAAACGUCUUCGCCAUGGACGACAUGAGUGAGAGUGACCCCACCGAGAUGGAAGCUGCCAAGUGGGAUCUCAAAUAUAUUGGACUGGAUGGAAACAUCGCCUGCUUUGUGAAUGGAGCAGGCUUGGCCAUGGCAACAUGUGACAUUAUUGACCUGCAUGGAGGAAAGCCAGCUAACUUCCUGGAUCUUGGGGGAGGAGUCAAAGAGAGGCAGGUGUACGAGGCCUUUAAGCUUCUUACUGCAGAUCCGAAGGUUGAGGCUAUUCUUGUCAACAUUUUUGGGGGGAUCGUCAACUGUGCCAUCAUUGCCAAUGGUAUCACCAAGGCAUGUCGAGAGCUGGAGCUAAAGGUGCCUCUGGUGGUCAGGCUUGAAGGGACCAACGUCAAUGAAGCCAAAAGGAUCCUGACCGAGAGCGGCUUGCCCAUCACAUCGGCCGACAACCUGGACGACGCCGCCAAGAAAGCCGUGGCCGCCAUCAGGAAGUAGAAAGAUCUCCUUUUCCUCAGUGACCUCAGGUGGCCUUUAAACUUUGUCUGUUCAUUCUCAGUCAUGUGACAAACAUGCAGACCGGUAGCGUGAAAGGCGUGUUUUUUUUUUUAACAAACUGUCAUCAGCUACUUUCACACUGCAGCAAUGCUUUAUGAGCCCGAUUUUCCACUCCUAGUUCCUGUUGUCGCCUCCUAUACGUUGAUUGGCAUUGAUUGGAAUAGAAAUGUACUGCUUUUUAUUUCCCCAUGAAGAAAGUCAGUCAAACAGUACCCACACACACACACACACACACACACACACAAUAUUGAGAUCUCGAUAAAACACUUUUUCCAUUCCCUCUUUUAAAACUUUUUUUUUUUUUGUGGAACAAUUUUUUUGGUAAUUGCUUUAAUUAAGUGGAUUUUAGGAGGCAUUAUCAAGCUUCACCUUACAUUUUAUACAACUUGGAAAAAAAUGAAAACAAAUGAAUUCAGCUUGACUAAACUGAAAGACAACAGUCCUGUUCAAUACUCUUGUUUAUUUUGUUGUUUCUCCAUCCAUCCAUCCAAUAAUGUGUAUAUUAUCAUUCAUCACAUAGAUGAAGUAUACAAACUUAAAACGCUGUGAAUUUUUCUACAUGAUUUCUUAUUUGAAGAGUACUCCUUCACUCAGUGAUGUAUAUUCAGAAUAUUGUAAAUCGGUGCCUAAAAGUGGUUUGUAAAAAAACAAAAAAAAACAACGUUCAUCUCUUUCUGUGCCAUUACCAUUUUCAUUCAGAUAUGUUUAAAAAGCAGCCUCAACUAGUUUUGUAAUAUAUAAUAAAAUAAGUACCGUAUUUUUCUGAGUAUAAGUCGCACCGGCCGAAAAUGCAUAAUAAAGAAGGAAAAAAACAUAUAUAAGUCACACUGGAGUAUAAGUCGCAUUUUUUGGGCCAAUUUAUUUGAUAAAACUCAAUAGACAUUUGAAAGGCAAUUUAAAAUAAAUAUAGAAUAGUGAACAACAGCCUGAAUAAGUGUACGUUAUAUGACGCAUAAAUAACCAACUGAGAACGUGCCUGGUAUGUUAAUGUAACAUAUUAUGAUAAGAGUAAUUCAAAUAACUAUAACAUAUAGAACAUGCUAUACGUUUACCAAACAAUCUGUCACUCCUGAUCGCUAAAUCCCAUGAAAUCUUAUAUGUCUAGUCUCUUACGUGAAUGAGCUGAAUAGUAUUAUUUGAUAUUUUACGGUAAUGUGUUAAUAAUUUCACACAUAAGUUGCUCCUGAGUAUAAGUCGCACCCCCGGCCAAACUAUGAAAAAAACUGCGAUUUAUAGUCCGAAAAAUACGGUACUCCAGAUGGGUAAAAGUGAGAAUACAGAUGUAACCUGAAUAUAGCUGAAUUUAAAUAAUUAGCGUCUUUUUUUGCGAAUGUUAUUCGUGGAAAUGUGUCAAAUUGAAAGCUGUCAAACAAUAAAAACAAUUGA